GCAUCAACUCUGACGACACUAUUUACUUUCCACCACAUCCUCAACAGACAAACUUCGGUAUUUGAAGAGGGUGCUUUAAUUUUCUCCCAGACUUUAUGAAGAUUUUAAAACCUUUGAUCAUGGAUGGAGAUGUGUUGUCGUUGUCUUCUACCUCGUCAUUAUCUUCCUCAGCAGCGUCCGGGACACAGAAAGUUACUCCACCAAAGAGCUACAGCAGCCUCCCUCAGAGCCAACAGGAUCACAAAUCAACUGAAGAAUUAUGGACGAGGGAUGUGAGUCCAGUGGGUGGCAGGCUGCUGUCCACCGAGGAGCAGGUCACUCUGAUAACUGAGAGCAUGACUGUCACCUCCACUGACCAGGAGAAACUGCAGCUGCUCAACAAGAACACUGAGCUCCGCAGAGUCAACAAAGAGCUGAUGAAGCUCAAUGAGGACUGGGACCAGGUGUACCGCAGUGCCACGCUGGGUCUACAGCACAGACUGGAGGCGUCAGAGCUUGAGAACACUGCCAUCAAACAGCUCAAUGGCAGACUGCUGCUCAAAGUCGAACACCAGCAGAGCGCAAAGGAAUACUAUGAGCAGGCAUUGAUGCAGGAGCUGAAAAAGAACCAGGAGCUGCAUGAAUACAUCAGAUUGUUGGAAAAUAGGAUGCACCACCCAGACAGAGUCGGACCUCCUGCCCCACAGGGCAGCUUAAGUGCUGUGAUACGCCCCAUCACUGAUCCUCCUGGAUGUCCGGACCUGUCACCCAGUCACGUCUCCGGGUACAGCCCCUCAUCGUCCUUAUUCCAUCCUUCUUCCAGCCCAGAAGCCGGGCGGCAGGGAAAAAGCCAGAAAAGUACUACCCCACUUGGAGGCUCCAAGCAAGAAAUACAGGCUCUAAAAGAGCAGCUGGAGGCACUGCAAUGUCAGACCCAGAUUUAUGAAGCAGAGUAUCAGACGGAGCAUAAUGACCACAAGCACACACUGCAGGAGAACCGCAGGCUGAGGAGGAAGAGGGAGGAGACGCGCCAACAGGUGGCACUGCUGCAGGAGCAGCUCAAGGUCUAUGAGGAUGACUUCCGAAGGGAGCGCUCUGACAAACAGAUGCUGCAGCGACUGCUGCUGAAGAAAACGCCUCCGAACAAGGACCCCGUGCUAGUCCACCGCUGCAAUAAUGAGCAGCAGCCACCAGGAGGAGACACGAGGACACAGAGUGGAGAGAAGAGAAACCAGCACCACCCACUUUGCCCCAAACACCCAAACAGGGACAAUGAGUCAGCCUGAGGGUGGGAGGGGGGAAAACAUCAUCAUAAACACAGUAAAUUAAGUUCUGUAUUUAUGAGUUUCAACCCUGCUAAAUGUUAGCACUCAAUCUUCACUUACCCUUCACCUUCCUCACUGACAGCACUUUAAUCUGAUUAAUGAAGACAAAUCAUGUUAUUGUUUAUGGAAAAUAUGAGCAUAUCAUUGGUUAAAUGCAUUUCUGUUGUUUAAGGGUUCUGCCUGCUACCCCUCAUAAUAAAGAAGGUUAUAGUUCAAUUAAAGUUUAUUUUCUGCAGGGACUUUCUGUAUAUUACUGACUGAGAAAAGAUGUAUAUUUGAUUAAAUAUAUCGAAUAAAACUAUUUUUUGGUAUGUCUCAAUAUA